UCAGCAAGAUGGCUGCAUUGCUGCGCGCAAUAGUGGCAUCCUAGUGAAAUGACGCAAGCCACGGUUUACGUUCAGUCCUCGAGGCUCUGAGCUCUCGAGUCUCCAUAGCGCAGAUCCCGCCCGACACACAGCCGGAAGAUCCGACCGGCUAUCCUCCAGUGGACCGAGCGGAACCGGUUCAUCUGAGUGAGAGUGCGAUGAGGAGAGGUUUCAGAGUGUGAGGCCAUGGGCUGCACCUCGGCCAAGCAGGUGUCGGCCGUGCCCAACGAUGAGGAGGGACGCGGCAAGGCCUAUAGCAACGGAGACCUCUUCACGGAUGAAUACAAGAUGAAAGGGGUGGAGGAGGUGAAGUACAUGAGGGGGGAUGAAAACCGGGUAAAUGCACGCAACCAGGAGAACCUGGAGAAGAGUAAUGUACAGUACAGGGGCAAACAGCAGAAAGAGGUCGCUGCAGCAAACAUCAAGUCUAAUAUUCACACGUCAGAGAGCCAGCAGGAAUUUUUCAGGAUGCUGGAUGAGAAGAUUGAGAAGGGGCGAGACUACUGUUCGGAGGAGGAGGAGGAGGAAGAUGGGACAUAGCACAGAGGCCCCCAGAAUUCACCCCCACAGAGAGCCUCACAGUGUGUGUGCGCGUGUGUGUGUGUGUGCGUGAGUGUGUAAAUGCAUACGUGUGUGCUUAUGUGUGCCUGAGAGAGUGAGAGAGAUGACUCAGUGUUUUAUCAGUGGGAUUGUUUAUGUGAUGGGACACUAUGUGUUGGUAUGAGCAUGUGUGUGUUUUAUGAAGAUAUGGCAAAGAUAGUAUUUUAAUCGCAAGUGAAAGAGUGGGGGAUAAAUGAAAGAGAGAGAGAGAGAGAAUGGGGUAAAGAAAACUUUCUUCAGAGACUACAGCCCUCCUCUCUUAGCGCCUCGCCCCUUCAGUCCCCUGAGCAGACAGAUGGAGGUGGCGGAGCAAUGAAGGGACAGACAGAUGAAAGGAGGGAAAGAUGGAGGAGGAUGUGAUGACGGGUGAGGCACACAUCAUUGUGAACAGAGAGAAGGACUUGCCACUGUCGGUUAUUUCCUCAAGUGGGACAACAGCAGCAGCUCCUCAACCCUCCAUCUGUCCCUUCAUAUCUGUCCGUCUCACUCCAACACCCCCGCAGUCUGAUCCUGAGUAUUUAACCCUUGCAAUUGGACACAGGAACUCCCAAAAAUGGAGGCGAUGUGAGGAUAAACAUUGACCUGGUGGGUGUAUGGAGGACUGAGAGACACACAAGAGGAGAAGAAAGGAAGCCCAGGGAGGAGAAGAUGCUGAAGGCAGAGGAGUUAUGUAACGCUGCCAGGAUCCACACUGAACUUUCUGGCCUGCCUACCUACAGCCGGGCCGGGCCUGGGCCGCAAGGGACUGAGAGAAUGGGUGAGGGAGGGUGACAGAAGGUGCUGAAGAAAGAGGGAAAAAUUGGGGAUAUUUUAAUAAGAGAGAAUAGGGAGCGAGCUGGUGAUUUAGAAACUCCAAACUCCUCCUGCCUUCUGAAGUCAAGGACCUUUUUUUUGUUUGUUUAUUCUGUUCCGCAGCCACUCAUUCAGUUUUUUUUUUUCCUUUUUCUGGUGUUUUUUUCUUCAGUUUGUUUGACUCCUGGCUUCCUUUGUAGUGUAUCAUCAUCAUCAUCAUCUUCGAUGUCAUUAUCAUCUUCCUCAUUACCACAGGCAGAGAAUCUGUGUCUCAACCCAAUCCGUCCUCCUUCAUGUACCAUAACACAGCAGAUCCUAACUGACGCACACCAACAUGGAGUCUUUUAUUGUACAUACGGUAACACACUCUUCUUUACAACACACCUCUACAUGUACAGACAAACCACACAAACACACACAAAUGUUGUUGUAUCCCUUUCAUUUCACCAGCAGACUGUCAUGUGCAUCAAUCAGAGGUAUUCUGUAAAGCUCUGUAUUUUUGCUUUGUUUCAGUGUUCUCGCACACACACACACACACACACACACACACACUCGGGCACUGAAGCAGCAAACCGGGCUGAGCUCAAGGUGAGGAUGCGUGGUUGCCGUGGAGACACAGACCUGAUCACAUAUUUUUUUUGUUGUCAUCUUUACUGGAUACUUCCUGUUGUAUUAUUUUGAAUACUUUUUUUCUAUUAAAAAUAAAAACGCAGAAGCUCUUAA